CACAAUGAUAAUGCUUUGCUCACUUCUCUGAAAAAAAAAAAAAAAAAAAAAGAUUGCAUUUCCAAAGUCAAUGUAGUCACCCAAAGUCAAAAAAGCCUCAGAGGCAAAGGGGCUGAAACCCUGAGUACCAUAAAAUGACGAAUGAGAAAACUCCUCCCCACUGAAGAUACCCAGGUGUAUAAAAGGCACACGAAGUAAUACUUAAGACCUAAAACCUCACUCACUGUCAACCUUGAGUCUUGUGGAUUUUUCAGCUAAGGGGGUGAGGAAAAACAAUGAGCGCCGAGCCCGAUGUGAUUAGAAAGUGUAUGUGGCCGGUGUGCCUCAUGGGUCUGUUUGUCACCGGCAUCCUCUCUCUGGACUGUAACUUGCUAAAUGUUCACCUGAGGAGAGUCACCUGGAAAAAUCUGAGCCUUCUGAGAAGGAUGAGCAAGUCAUUUCCUAUAGAGUGUCUAAGAGAAAGCAAAGCUUUUGAGUUGCCCCAAGAGAUCCUCUCACACACCCAGCCUCUGACGAGGGACAUUAAGGAGGCCUUCUAUGAAAUGUCCAGACAGGCCUUCCACAUCUUCAUUCAAGACACCUUCAAAUCCACUUGGGAAGAGAAACACCUGAGACAAGUCCAAAUCGGACUUGAUCAACAGCUGCAAUACCUGGAACAAUGCUUGGAAGAAGAGGAGGAAAACGAAGACAUGAGAGAGGUGGCAGAGGAUGAGCGGACACAGUCAGGAACUCCAGUCCCCCAGCUGAGCAACCUAGAGCUGAGGAGGUAUUUCAACAGGAUAGACAGGUUCCUCAAAGAUAAGAAAUACAGUCACUGCGCCUGGGAGAUCGUCCGAGUGGAAAUCAGAAGAUGCUUCUACUUCUUUAAUAAAUUCACAGCACUACUCAGGAGGAAAUAAGGUAUAUUCUUAGAAUUCAAAUUCCAUUUCUCCCCAAAAUCUCCUUUUCCUUCUCUUCCUCCUUCAUCCUCUGUUUAAGGAUUACCGUGCUAUUCCAAGGCUCCCCUCGGUUGGAUUGGUGGUGGUUUAGGUAAUGUUCACUGUUUCUGAAGUUUGGCGGAAAGAAAGUGAUGCUAACCACCUCCUGGGUGACCAAGAGUCUUGUUAGGAAGUCCUGAAGACAGUUUUAAAGGAGGAUUCCCCCUCCACCUUCUACUCUCUGUUCCUCUUUCCUUUUGCUCUUUCGUACUUGCUUUGCUCUGUCUCUCACCUUUGAACUCCACCAAAACAAUGGCUAGAGGACACGGAUCAGAGAAUAUUGAAAAAUGGAACACCUCAAUGACUUAAGCCUCUUGCUGCCAAGGUUGUUUAUUCUAGGAAAGUUCAGCACGUUAAAAGAGCUUAUACAUGCUCCCAUAGAGUUAAAACCCUUCCUGUCUUCCUACUGUUAAAACAAAAAAAAAAAAAAAUUGAAAUUUCUGGCCCAUUUGCUUCUCAACUUGGCUUAGUUAAAAUGAUACAAAGUUUGUGGCUUGGUAUUUUAUUAUUUUAAGAGAGUGAAGAUCCAUGGUGAUAUUGGAUGGUUGAAUUAGAUGCCUAUGAUUUAAUGCAGAGAGCAUUGUUCAUUCCUAAUGCAUACAGUGUGAUUUUUAUAUCUAAAGGCAUGGAAAAUGCUACAGAAAAGUUUAAUAUCUGCCUUUCAUUGUUUUUUGUUUGUUUUCUGCCUGGAAUGAAAUGUCUACAGUCAGACUAUGGAAGAAUUUCAGAUUGGAUUUUCCCAAUUAGAAAGCCACUUUCUAUCUGUUAAAUCAAUUUAAUAAUACAUGACACUUUAAUAGACUUUAUCUUUUUGAAAGUUAUUUUGUACCUAGAUUACCCAGAUUGUUUACUUAAAUUUUCUUGUGUGGUCCUUCAUCUGUAUUAAUUCAUCUUCUAGCUGAAAUGAAUCUUCACUUCCUCUCUCUCCUCUACCCCAUUUCAGAACCAUCUACCUUCAAGCAAGAAUUAACAGAGACUGUGGCUACCCAUAUGCAUCAAAGAGGGUGAAAUGUACCCGGUUCAGCUCUUGGAAGGCUUCUCCUGCUAUUACUUUAACAGCACGCUGCUAAACUGUUUAGAUUCAAGAUUCAUCCAAGUACAGGGCUCCAACAAUGUAGUCAAACUGAGAAAGUCUUAUGAUAAAAUUGAGGCAAAUUCAGUCCAAAAGUUAGAAGAAAUGUUUAAAGGCACAAGAACUAGAUACUGGUUAUCAGUGGAAGGAUCAGACAAUAAAAUGAGUUAGUAUAAUCCAUUUAGAAAAAACAACUCAUCAGUAGUAGUUCUAAAUUUUAAAAAAGCAUUAUAAGCUACAAAGGAAUUAGGGCAUGCAAGCUACUGAGCAGAAAGUAUACACUUAAUAUUUUCCAUGAAUUUCUCUAAUAAUGCCUUUGCAUGGUCUCCCUUGUAACUCCACUGGGACCGUGUCAGUUACUUCAGCAAGUUAUGGUUGCAGUCUUGCUAAAUGCUUGCAAUGCAAGAAGGAAGAGAAUUGGCACUUCCAGUCAAUAAAGAUUGUCUGAUUGUACUGGCAGGGGCAGGAGUCAGACAGGAUGCUUUAAUUACGAGCACCAUUAGUCAGAAAAAGGAGAACACUCUCACUGAAAAAUAGGUAAGGACACAAACUGGCACCAUCACAAAGAAAUACUAACAGGCGAUAUGAAAAAAUGUUUAAUCCCAUUUAUGAUUAAAUAAAUUCAAAAGAAGACAAUAAGAUACUCCCCUCCCACCAUUCUGGCAGAGAUAAAAAAGAGUGAUAAUAUAGACUAUCAGUGGGGUAUAGGGUAUAGGGAAAAAAAACUCCUGUGUAUUGAUGGGGAGAGGUUAAACUGGCAAAAGUUUCCUACGGGACAAUAUGGCAUCUUAAAUAUCCUUAAAAAGUACAUUAACUCCUUAGACCUGGCUAUCCUAUCUCCAGGAAAUACCUGGAUAAGAUUGUUUAAUGGAGCCUUGUUUAUAAUAUCCCUCCUUCCUCUGUUUUAAUUUUCACCUCUCUGUAUUUUCUGGUUUUUUCUACAAUGCUGGGGAGGGUUUUCUUUUAAUUCUAAAAUUAAAGAAACUGUACAAGCUUAUCUUUCACUGCAAUUACCCUGUUUUCCUUACUGGAGUAGACUGGGACAGACACUGCCCUUUCACUUUGUUAAUGACGCCCUUAGACACUUCUUGAGCAACUCAGGUCCUUCUUGUUUUUCUCCUGCUGCUGCUGCUGCUGCUAGUUUCAAAGGAAUCCUUCCUUGGGGAUCACUUUCAUAAUGAAAUCUUUGUAAAGUGCCUUCUGG